AUGGGCGACUCGGACGAUCAAGGCGGCGAGGAGCGCUUGCCAUACUUCGAAUACCAAUUCGACCUAUACCGCCAGGCCAUCCUCAUGGGUCAGCCACCAGCGGUCACGACCAACUCCAACAAAUUAGAGGACCAGGCCCGGAAGGUCAUGAAGCCAGAAGCUUUCAAUUACGUCUUUGGAGGUGCCGGCGAGCAAGCAACCAUGGAAGCGAAUCGGCUCGCCUUUCGACAGUGGAAACUCAUCCCCAGGUUUCUACGCCCUACGCAGCCGAGAGAGCUCAGAGUGACUCUAUUUGGUGAAACCUAUGGGGUCAUGUCGGCAUACCACGAGGACAAGGAGCUUGGGGUUGCCUCAGCAUGUGCAGAACUUGCCGUGCCUUACACGCUCAGCACCGCGAGCACGAGCACCAUAGAGGAGAUAGCAGAGGCAUCGGGCGCUGGGCCGAGGUGGUUCCAACUGUAUUGGCCUCUCGAUGACGAGAUCACAGGCUCUAUUCUACGUCGGGCCAAGGGUGCCGGCUACAAAGUUCUCGUUGUCACGCUCGACACAUUCACCAUGUCUUGGCGGCCGCUCGACCUGGAUGCUGGCUUCCUGCCUUUCAUCACGGGCACGGGCAACGCCAUUGGGUUCAGCGACCCGGUGUUCAGGAAGAAGUUCGCGGACCAGAACGAUGGAGACACACCUGAAGAGAAUACCAUCUCUGCCUCCAGGUACUGGAUCAGCGAGACGUUUUCGGGCCAUGCCCACAGCUGGGAGGAUCUCGAGCUGUUGAAGAAGCACUGGGAUGGGCCUAUUGUGUUGAAAGGCAUCCUGAGUGCGGCAGAUGCCAAGAUGGCGCUGAAGCAUGGCAUGGACGGCAUCAUUGUCAGCAAUCAUGGCGGCCGUCAACUGGACGGUGCAGUACCGUCUUUAGAGAUGCUGCCCGAGAUCGUCGAUGCAGUUGGGGACAAGAUGACGGUUAUGUUCGAUUCAGGUAUUAGGACGGGAGCUGACAUAAUGAAGGCUCUGUGCUUAGGGGCGAAGGCUGUACUCAUUGGAAGGCCUGUAAUGUAUGGACUAGGCAUCAAUGGAAAGGAAGGAGCAAAGCAUGUCUUGGCUGGCCUGUUGGCAGACUUGGAUCAGUCAAUGGGUCUGGCAUGUGUCAAGUCCGUGGCCGAGUUGAACAGGGAGAUGCUGAGAAAGGUGGCAUACGGCGGUGACAUCAAGUCAUCUCUUUGA